AUGUUGAAGAAAUUGCAAUAGUCAGCCAAGGGAGCAUAUAAUCAGAGAUUUGGAAAUGAGAAAUAUGAAGAAAUGGAAGAAGAAAAGAACAACAAGUAAGCAGAUUCGCUAUUCUCAUAAUUUAAUGCUACUCUCCAAUUCAAUCAGACCGAUAACAACUGCUAAAUAAAUAAUAACCAGGAGCAAGUUAUCGAAAUUUCAGACAGAACUUAAAUAGAUUUCACUAAAGCACUCAUACCAGAAGAACUGAAAUAAUAAAUGCAGGAAGAAGAAAUUAAGGAGAUUGCCAUUGAAAACAACAAAAAGAGUUACAAGAAGCCUAAAAAAAAUGAUGAUAUGCCAGAAUUUUUAACAAAAAAAAUAUGUUUAAAUGAAAAUGGUGAAAACUACUACGAAAUAGCAGCCAAAAAAGCAAAGGAAUAAAACAGUACUAUGUUCUAAUUAAAACAUUUUGUAAUAACAAAGGCUACAAGUGUGCAAUAACAGGUCAAAAAAUCUCUCAAAAAACUAGAUGCUCAUGUCAAAAAAAAAAUUUUAGAAAAGAAACAACAUAUCAACCUUUGGAUAGCAGGACAAUUAGAUGCUAAAAUUGUAUCUUUAAUGAGUAACAUGGAACCAAAAAUAACAGAGAGUGUAAAGAAAUCAGUCCCUUUUGAUUUUAUGUAAGACUUCAUGCAUGAUGCAGCCAUUAAUUUGUGGAAAGAUUUCACAGAUUUAGUCAGAUUAGAAUUAAGGGCAAAAUUUGAUAGUAAGAAAGUUGAAAUCAAGAAAAGAGAAGUUAAAGGUCCUUUAAAUAUAUUAAGAAAUUUUAUCCUUUAUUCCCUUUAUCCUGCAGAUCUCACAACUAAAGAUCACAUGAAUAGAAUUUCUUUUAAGGUGCUGAAAUUAUGUCAAUACAUACCAUAUGUGGGUAUAUAACCAUUAAUGUUUUGUAUCAUUCUACUUUGUAUCAACAAAGAAGAAUAUUAAUUAGUUAAUUACAUAGCAGAUUAUAAGUCUAUAUAGUUUUUAACUAAUGGAAUAAUUCCCUGUCUAAUUGCCUACUUCUAUUAUUUUUUCUAUGAUCAAGGACCAUCAUAUCAUCAGCCUAUUUUUGUGCUCCUUUUCACAUUUUUGGCUCAGUGUAUUAAUGUUUGGAUAGCUUUUUAUUUGUUAAAAAGGUCUCAUUCCCAGGGGGAAGUUUUAAAAGCAGAACUAACAAUAACAUAAGAAGAGAAAGGAGGUAGAUUAAAAUACUUUUUAAUUUAUGAUCUGAUUUGUUUAGUUGUAACUGUUUGUGCAUCAAUUAUUGUCUAUUUCUCACACACAAUGAAUGACCCAAGAUAAUCAUUUGGAGAUUUGUUAUUUUUUGCAAGAACAAUAUAUGCAUUUUUCAGUUUCCCUUUCAUAAUCUUUAUGUUACCAUUUUUUGUUAAAUUAUUAACAAAUGCAAUUGCAACUGGCUAUGAUAAAUAUGGAAAUUGCAUAUAAGCCUUGAAUUCUAUUUAAAUGACUUACAGAGAAGCAGCUUUAAACAGGAAAGAAGACAUUGAUAUUGAAGAAAUUAUUGAUUAAGAUUAGGAUGACUAACAUAAGGAUGAUAGUAAGCUUACAAAUUAAAAUCAAGGAUUUAAUAAAACUGUUGGCUGA